AGAUACUUGUACGAGUGAUCUGACCACCCCCGAGGCGGCUAGACGCUCUUCCGCUUCAUCUCCAUCUUUGGCGUCCCCUCUGAUUGGUGACCGGGUUAUCGGUCAUGGCUUUAUACAUGAAGAAAUCAACGACCAUCGUCGGCCAUCUCAAAUCAAAGAUGGCCUUCAUGGCUUCACCUCAACGAGGCUUUUGGAGUUCUUCGAACCCUCACUUUUACCGGAACGCCCAAUAUCAGCCAAAUUUCAGCAACUUGAGUAAUAUUCGCCGAUUUGAAUCGACGAUAGCACAAAAUCGUUUGAGUUCUGUUUGUGCCGAUGAGAAUCAGGUCUUGGAUUUUCCCGGAGGAUCAGUGAAAUUCACACCUGAAAUGAGGUUUAUAUUUGAAUCUCCUGAGGAGAGAACACGCUGCUACCGGGUACUUGAUGACAAUGGACAGCCAAUUCUGGGUUGUAACCUUGACCAGGUUAGCAUGGAAAUUGCUGUCAAAAUGUAUCAUAACAUGGCUACUCUUCAAACUAUGGACACGCUCUUUUAUGAAGCACAAAGACAAGGUAGAAUUUCUUUUUAUGCAACAACCAUUGGAGAAGAGGCUAUCAAUAUCGCAUCAGCUGCAGCUCUCAGCAUGGAAGACCUAAUCUUCCCUCAGUAUAGGGAACCUGGAGUCCUGCUAUGGCGUGGUUUCACUUUGCAGGAAUUUGCCAACCAAUGUUUUUCCAAUAAAUAUGAUAAUGGGAAAGGACGGCAAAUGCCAAUCCAUUAUGGGUCUAACCAACUCAAUUACGUAACUGUAGCAUCAACAAUUGCGUCACAACUUCCCCACGCUGUUGGAGCUGCAUAUUCCUUAAAAAUGGACAAAAAGGAUGCUUGUGUGGUCACUUAUUUUGGUGAUGGUGGCUCAAGCGAGGGAGAUUUCCAUGCUGCUUUAAAUUUUUCAGCUGUUAUGGAGGCUCCUGUUAUUUUUAUAUGCCGGAAUAAUGGAUGGGCUAUUAGCACACCUACUUCGGAUCAGUUUCGAAGUGAUGGUAUUGUUGUGAGAGGGCAAGCAUAUGGAGUUCGCAGCAUCCGUGUUGACGGUAAUGAUGCACUGGCGGUUUACACUGCUGUUAAAGCUGCUCGUCAAAUGGCAGUCAGUGAGCAAAGACCAGUUCUAAUUGAGGCCCUAACAUACAGAGUGGGACACCACUCCACAUCGGAUGAUUCCACCAAGUAUCGCCCAGCCAAUGAGAUUGAAUUGUGGAGGUUGGCACGAGAUCCUGUGGCUAGAUUUAGAAAGUGGAUUGAAAUAAAUGGCUGGUGGCAUUGCGAAGCUGAAUCAGAACUUAGGAACAGUGUGAGACAGCAGCUACUGCAGGCAAUUCAGGUGGCAGAGAAGGAAGAGAAACCUCCACUUGCAGAAAUAUUCUCUGAUGUUUAUGAUGUCCCUCCAUCCAACCUUCGCGAACAGGAGAAAUGGCUGAGAGAGACUAUUAAAAAACAUCCACAGGAUUACCCAGCAAAUGUUUCAUUGUAGUCAUGGGCUUUUUGUUCAUGACAUUAAUUGCUUCUUUCGAUACUGAGCUUGGCCUCGAACUUAUAUUCUUCAUGUUUGUACUGACCUGAAUUUAGAAUUUGGGAAAGUAAUAACAACAUGCCUUAAGCUAAGAAGCCAGCAAAUAUGGUAGUGAGUACCAAGUUUGCAAAAUCAGAUGUCCCAAUUGGCGUGAACCACCAUCACGACAAAACGAAACUCCUUUUUGGCUUCCUGUUAAGGUGGAAAUUGAUUCCUCAAUGGCACGGUCUGUUCAAGAUUUC